AUGGAAAAUCAAACUGCAAAAGCCAAUCAAGAGCCCCCUAAGAUUAGAGUAGUCGUUAGAAAGCGUCCCCUCACCUCAAAGGAGCUUAAAAAAGCUGAUAGCGACAUUUUGGACGUCCGCAGUAGUUCCCACCUCGUCGUCAAGGAGUUAAAGAAUAAGGUGGAUCUGACUAAGUACAUAGAAGAGCAUAAUUUUAAUUUUGACAAUGUAUUUGAUUAUUAAUCUGACAAUCAAGAGCCUCUCGUUGAGUGCACGUUCGCUGGAGCCAAGACAACCUGCUUCGCCUAUGGUCAGACUGGCUCGGGAAAGACCUUUACUAUGAUGGGAACAGCAGAUGGUUCAAACCCAGGUCUAUACUUGUUAGCUGCUUAUGAUAUUUGUAAUCUACUGCAAUCCUACCCUGAACUUACUCUGCACCUGUCCUUUUAUGAAAUCUAUUGUGGCAAGCUCUACGAUCUACUCAAUAAUAGAGAAUUGGUGCAUUGCAGAGAGGAUCACAAGCAGAAAGUUAAUAUAGUGGGUCUAUCAGAAGUUCAAGUCACCAAUGUGGAGCAAAUUAUGCAAGUCAUAGGAAAUGGUCUGCAAUCGAGAACUAGUGGCGUUACCGGUGCCAAUGCUGACAGCUCCAGAUCACACGCUAUCUUGCAACUUUAAUUGAAGGGAGUCUAGGAUCAGAAAGCUUAUGGAAAGAUGAGCUUCAUUGAUCUAGCUGGUAGUGAGAGAGGUGCUGACACCAUUGAUCAGAACAAGCAAACCAGACUUGAUGGUGCUGAAAUCAACAAAUCCUUGCUGGCUCUCAAAGAAUGUAUCAGAGCUCUGGAUCUUGAAAAGAAGCAUUUGCCUUUCAGAGGAAGUAAAUUAACCUAGGUGCUUAAAGAUUCAUUUACUGGCAACUCAAAGACAACUAUGAUAGCUAACGUAUCCCCAGCCAACUCCUGCUGCGAGCAUUCAUUGAAUACUCUUCGUUACGCUGAUAGAGUGAAAGAACUUAAAAAGGAGCAAUAAAUGGCUUAAAAUCUACUAUUGGGGCCAAAUGGUUAGCCCAUUCAACAAUAAGUUUAGGCUAUAUCAUAGCCUAAGACCAAGGAGGAUAUCUUAAGCAGACAACUCAUGCUUGCCAGACAGAGCACAAAUGUGACAAAGAUCACAAUUAAUCAAAACACUCUGCAACCCAAGAAUGUCAAUUCUAUACCAACUCAAAUGCAACCUCCACAGCCAAUUCCAAAUAGCUUCUACAACCAAAAUGCCCAAAAUGGAAACAAUGCUCCUUCCCUUUUAAAGAAAAAUACAUUUGGGCAACCUCAGGGUGCUACUCAAACUGGAAUCGGGAUGGGAUAUUAAUAAUAAUAAUAACAAUAACAAUAGCAAUAGUAGUAGCAGCAACCUUAAUAAAAUACUAAUAUUGGAGGAGGAGUUCAAGGCAGCUUUGGCAACGUUCAAGGCUCAGCCACCAAUACAAAGAGAGUGCCAUAUCAGAAGCAAAAUUCAAUUGGUCUUGAUCUCAUGCAACCUCAAUAAAGGCCAAUGACUGCUCAAUAAACUAAUCACUAAUUCCCAGUUCAUAGACAAUCCUCUCAAAAUGUUCCAAAUAUGCAUCAGCCAUUUGCUCAAUAAAACAGCCAGUAAUAUCAACCACAGUAAUUGCAGCAGCAGUAGUAGUAACCACCAACUCAUCCUACUAUGGUAAAGGUUACAGACUUGCCUCUUGUGACUUACUCGCAACUUGAAAAUCAAUAUGGAAAUGAUGUGGAGAAGGUUUGCUAAGACCACGAAAAACUUGUGGAGCUGAUCCUAGAGGAAGAAGAAGAGCUCAUCAACGGCCACAGACAGCAUAUUGAUGAUGUGGUAGAUCUAGUAAAGCAGGAAAUGAUGUUAUUGCAUGAAGUUGACAAGCCAGGUUCUGAUAUUGAAGAGUAUGUUUCGUCUCUGGACGCUAUUCUAUUGCACAAGAUGGAGCUUAUUUCAGUGGUGAGAUAGAGACUUCUUGAUUUCUACACUCAUUUGAAGAUGGAGGAGAACCUUCAAAAGUUGUAUCAGACUAAGCAGGCUGUGAUAGACGGAGAUCCAAAUUUGAUGGAACAAUUAGACGACUUCGAUCAAAAUAUGAUGGAUGAGGCUAGCAUCAACUGCCCUGACAUGAGUGCCCAAGAUCAUCCUAAUAACUACAACAAUGGCGCACAUCAAUACUAUAAUCAAAAUAGAUGUUGA